GUAAUCAGUUAGUUUUGAUUAAACAAUUAACUUAACUUUUUGUGUGCUCGUUUGUGUUGUAGUUUUUUUUUAAUUUUGUUUCAACGUUCCAAUUGAGAUCAGACAAUUGAUUUAAUUUUAUGUUAAUCCAAUUAUAGAAAGUUAAUUAUAACUGCUUGGUAAUAUAAUGGUUAAGAAUAAACCUCAGGAUGUUUUAGAUCUUGAAAAUGAAUUACAACAAAUCAUGACAGAUCUAAGGGCUAAUCAAAAGUCUGUUCGAGAUAAACAAUUAGAGGAAAUUUGUGGUGACAUGUCACCAGUGAUUUCGGUCAAAUUGAACUUUCGUCGAGCCUUAAAAGGUCACUUACAAAAAGUAAAUGCGAUUCAUUUUUCCGGAGAUAGUAGGCAUCUUGUCUCAGCAGCUCUUGAAAGUAAACUUAUCAUUUGGGAUACGAUCACAGGGAAUAAGACCAAAAUUAUUGGACUUCGGUCAAGCUGGACAAUGACCUGUGCGUUUGCAACCUCGGGUAAUAUGGUCGCUUGUGGAGGUAUGGACAAUAUGUGUUCGGUUUACGAUCUAAAUAAACGCGAUUGUGAUAAUACUGGUGCUAAAUUGGUUCGAGAACUGGCCGGAUUCGAUGGGUUCUUAUCGUGUUGUCGAUUCGUUGAUGAUAAUAAUCUAAUAACAGGAUCAGCUGAUAAGAAAAUAGUCCUAUGGGAUAUUGAGACUGGAUCAAAGGUGAAAGAGUUUAGAGGUCACACUGGUGAUGUCAUUUCUUGUGCCAUUUCUCAUGAUUCAUCGAAUCUGAUCACUGGAUCGGUUGAUAAAACUGCUAAGCUCUGGGACUUGAGGACCGAUAAACCCGUUCAGACGUUUUUUGGCCAUGAAGCUGAUGUAACUUCUGUCAAUUUUCAUCGAAGUGACUUUGUUUUCAGUACAGGAUCAGAGGAUCGAACUUGUCGACUUUUCGAUAUUCGAAGUGACCAAGAGAUAACAGCUUAUAAAUCACCAAAUUCACGAAGUGGUUUCACUUCAUGUGCUCUCUCCUUAUCUGGACGUAUUCUGUUGGCAGGAUCAGAUGAUUCAACAAUUCAUAUGUGGGAUAUACUUAAAUCAAAACACGCAGGAAACCUUUCUGGCCACGAAUCGAGAGUAUCAACAAUAUCUUUAACACCGGAUGGAAUGGCCUUGGCUUCUGGUUCCUGGGAUACAACCAUAAGAGUUUGGGUUUAAUUUCUAAGGCUUCGUCUUAUAUAUAAGUUGAA